AUUCACCUGUAAAGAAUUCCAAAAUUUAUAGGGCUUUUUUUUUCCCCUUCUUCUCCUAGCAAUGCCGGACCUCGGAAACCUAUCUUUCUCGGCUUCUCUCACCGUCACUCGGCCUCCUUCCAACUUCAAAUCGCUCGCCGACCCGCCCGAUCCCGGUUCCGUCAAAACCAUAGACAUAGAGUGCAACUGGGAUCAGCGCUUUCGUUUUCCGAGUCCGAAUCGGAGCGAGCUCAGCAAUGGCGGUGGAAUUAGGGUUGUGCGGCGAAGUAGACCCAGGAUGAAGGUGAACCACCGGACCAAGAAGCCUUCAAAUUCGAAGAGUUUGGAGGACCAUGUCCGAGAUUGGGUUAGCAAUACGAAGGAAUCGGGAGUUCCCGAGUCUCGCUGCUCUCUGCCAUUCCUUGUGGGCGCCAAGAAAAUGGUUGAAUGUCUCGUUUGCCAUUCUUUUAUCUAUCCUGGAGAGGAGGUAUUGUGCUCUGUCCGUGGCUGUCGAGGAGUCUAUCACGCAACGUGUGUAAAGGACAGGCUAGGAAUCAGUAAUCUGAAAAAAUUUAAGUGCCCACAACAUGCGUGCUUCAUUUGCAAGCAGAAGUCACCUUGGCGAUGUGUGAGAUGCGCAGUUGCCUCACAUAGUAAAUGUGCUCCAUGGCCAGAUGAAGUGAUAGAUUUGAAGGACCGGCCAGGGCAAGCUGUUUGUUGGAGGCAUCCUAUAGAUUGGCGGCUGGAUGGGAAGAAUGCAGCUUCAACCAGCAACAUAGAGGAGGUUUUCUGCCGCUUGCCUCUGCCUUACGCCGAUGAGGAAUUCAAGAUUGACUUUUCAUGGAAAGACGCAGAAAAUGAGCCACCUCCAUAUGUUCACAUUAAGCGCAAUAUUUACCUUGUCAAGAAGAAGCGGGAUGAUACUGGUGAUGGAACUGGUUGUACGAGUUGCAGCUCUGAUUCUGAAUGCUCUCAAGAUUGUGUGUGCAGGGUUCAAUGCAUAAGUUGCUCAAAGGCUUGUCGCUGUUCGGAAAAUUGCAAGAACAGGCCUUUUCGUAAGGAGAAGAAGAUCAAAAUUGUUAAGACUGACCUUUGCGGUUGGGGAGUUGUGGCAGCUGAAUCCAUUAACAAAGAUGAUUUUAUUGUUGAAUACAUUGGUGAAGUUAUCGAUGACGCUUUGUGUGAGAAGAGGCUUUGGGAUAUGAAAGGCAAAGAUGUGCAUAAUUUCUAUAUGUGCGAAAUUAGAAAGGACUUCACAAUUGACGCAACUUAUAAAGGGAACUUAUCUAGAUUUCUAAACCACAGCUGUGAUCCCAACUGUGUCCUGGAAAAGUGGCAAGUUGAGGGGGAGACACGUGUUGGUGUAUUCGCGGCUCGAAUGAUAGCAGUUGGAGAACCGUUAACAUACGAUUACAGAUUUGUUCAAUUUGGACCUGAAGUGAGGUGCCAUUGUGGUGCUCCCACUUGUCAAGGCUAUCUAGGAACCAAAAAGAAGAUAGAUAGGAUGGAAAGUCAAGUGGAACUUUGCUGGGGUUCGAAACGAAAGAGAAGAAAGUCUUGCAACAAGAAAUCUGACUGUAUAGUAGCCUUGCCAAAUUCACUUUCGAUUUUUCCCAUAGUGUGAAAAAGAAACAGAAAAUUAACCAGGAAUAAGGGAAUCACGUCGAUAUCAUCCCCAUUGAGCUUUUAACACAUUAGAAUGUAGAUUUUAUGCUGCAAUCUACCAUUGAUAAUUGUUGUAAACCGUUUACCAUAUAUUUUUUCUAAUAGGCCCUGCAUCAUUGUAAGAGAUUUGUCCUCCCAAAGUACUUGUUUUCAUAUGUGAGAAUUCCCCAUCUAGUAUACUUUAGAUUUUUGCUUGAACAUCUAGUUACUUAA